ACUUGGGUGGUAAGUUGGAACAAUGCAUUCAUACACCAUAAUUUUACAAUUCAACAGGAACACGAAAACAUUGCAAAGAAUGAGAACCAAAAUUAUGGGAUUAUGUGUAGAUUAAACCACAAUUUAAGUCCCGAAACCACCCUAAUCGCCAUCCCUUAGCACCUUUCAUUAUCGGUCUCCGCUGUUCAACAUCAGUCCACUCAUCGCCCACCUUCUGAAUCUGAAAUUUCUUGUUGUUCUUCCAUUUCUGCAUCUGGGUCUCUUUGUUAUGUCGAUUCAAGCGUUUUCAUUCUCAUAAUUAUGCCAAAAACAGGAAUCUUGGCUUUUCAAGAACACUUUCAUGAUUCCUUAAGUUUAUUUUCAAAGUUUCCAGCAAUUUGAGGCAUUAGCUACUUAACUUUUCGACCCUUCGCUAUCGAUAUCCGAUGGACGCUUCACGAGGAUCGUUGUUUACUAUUCCAAAUCCACGCUUUUGAAUCAUUGCUGAGUUCUUGAUGCAGAAGGAUAUGAACAAUAUUGGGGUAAAGAAGAGAGGUCAUGGGAAUCGUUCUUGGAUAAAGAUUGAUCAGGAAGGGAACUCAGAGGUUUUGGAGCUUGAGAAGGCUACUAUAAUGAGGCAUUGUUCUUUACCUUCAAGAGAUAUGCGACUUUUGGAUCCGCUCUUCCUUUGCCCGUCCACAAUUCUCGGGAGGGAGAAGGCGAUCGUUGUCAGUCUCGAGCAAAUUCGGUGUAUAAUCACAGCUGAUGAGGUGAUUCUGAUGAACUCCUUAGAUGGAUGUGCUGCUCAGUACAAGGCAGAGCUGUGCAAGCGUCUCCAUGCAAGUAAAGAUCAAUCAGAUGAUUUGCCCUUUGAAUUUAGGGCACUGGAGCUGGCGCUGGAACUUACUUGUUCAUUUCUUGACACUCAGAUGAAGGGGAUGGAAAUCGAGAUAUACCCUCUACUGGAUGCUUUAGCGUCUUCAAUAAACACGCUUAAUCUCGAAAGAGUUCGAAGAUUUAAAGGCAACCUUCUGUCCUUGACUCAACAAGUGCAAAAGGUUCGUGAUGAAGUCGAGCAUCUGAUGGACGAUGAUGGGGAUAUGGCAGAGAUGUUUCUGACAGAAAAGAAACAAAGAUUGGAGGCGAACAUCCGAAGUAACUUGUAUCUCGAAACUAGUUUCUUCGGGAAACCAAAAUCUGCUCCUGUUUCACCAGUGGGUUCGACCAAUGGAUCUUAUAAAUUACAAAGGGCUUUUAGCAGUAUUGUAAACUCGAGCAGCUUGAUGAGUUCAUCAAACGGUGGUGAUAACGUCGAACAAUUGGAGAUGCUGCUCGAGGCGUACUUCGUGGUUAUUGACGACAUGCUCAGUAAAUUGUUAUCGCUCAAAGAAUCUAUAGAUGACACAGAAGAUCUGAUCAACAUUAAACUGGGCAACGUUCAGAACCAGCUGAUACAAUUCCAGGUGCUUUUCACUGCAGCUACGUUCUUGGCUACGAUGUUUGCAGCGUUAACUGCAGUUUUCGGCAUGAAUUUUUCCGACGAUGUCUUCGAGCAUCCGACUUCUUUCCAGUGGAUAGUUUACUUGACCUUGAUUGCCUGUGGCCUUGUGUUUAUCUCUUUUCUAUUCUAUUUUAGGUACAAGAAAAUCUUCCCAUUGUAAUUGAGCUGCAGUAUGUACCUCUUUGUACCUCUAUGCAAAAUGAAUGCAAAAUGAAUAUAUAUAGAUCGUUGAGUUAUGCUCAAUUUGACAUGCAA